AUGUCUUCGCCAUCCGACAUUAAAGACAACCGCGAUUGGACGGUCAUUUACGAUGACCCGAAUGAAGAUGAACGAAAUGGCAAGAAAGAAGAAAAUCGUGCCGGAAGGAGGCAGUCUCUCGCGCGAACGUUGUCUAUACCAAAUACCAUGCGCAUCAUGUCUGACAACAAGACUGAGAUAUCAACGGUAGCCGAGCUUCUAUCCUCAAAGUUGAAAUUGCCCCAGCUAGGCACUGAAUCAGCGGAACGAGUCUUUCCUGUUCGCUCUGUUGUCUCGCUUGAUUCCACGCCUUCAUCUGCCCUACAGACUCCUUCCCUCGAUAAGCUCGAAACGCCAAUAUCUCCUUUUACGGACACAUGGAAUGCAGGCCUCGCCAAUGAACAGGCAGGCGGCCAACAGAAGAACCCGCCCGGGAAGAGCAUGAAUGCUGAGGAUGGUGUCCCAAAGACAACCGACAAUAUCGCUCGAGUGCAUCGAAAGAGUGGUGGUGGGAGCGAGAUUUCAUCGGCGUUCAAUGGACAAUCUUCCGCCAGUGAUAAUCUCGACGUUUUGGCACAAUUGAAAAACACUGUGCAGAACGGUGGCGAGGUCCUUGACUUCCACAAAACAACAAAGGGUAUAUGCUACACGCGCGAAGAUGAAGAAGACAUUCUCAUUCAGUCGUUCGGUGCACUCGUUGUGGUGACAGAGUCCGACGGUAACUUUGAAGUGCAAAUAGCGAGCGAUAACUCGGAGGAAAUCAUUGGAUAUUCUCCUGCUAAACUAUUUGAAUUUCUAUCAUUUUGUGAUAUCUUGCCACCUUCGCAACAGAGCAACUUUCUUACUCAUGCUCGAUUCGUCUUGAGUGAUGAUUACUCUGUCGAGGACUCUGGGCCUGAGGUUUUCUUCCUUUCUAUGUUGUCACCUGAUGGAUAUACCCAGGGUCUCUGGUGUACCAUGCAUACAAGCACAGUAUAUAAAAACUAUGUGAUUUGUGAGCUCCAGCCUGAGGCUCAAGCGAGAAACGAUCACCCUUCUUUGGAGAAAACCGAGAGUCAGACAACGGCAGGGGAUAGCCGGACCUUGGACAUGACUUCUGGGGCAUUUUUCGAGGAUUCUAGUCCUCCGGGGAAAGACCACGAUACAAGAAACAGAAAAGUGCCGGAAUCAUCUGAGCUUCUCAAUACCAUCCCUCGAAUUCUCCAACGGCUAGCAAAUGCUCAAGGGUUAGAAGCGCUCGUCCAACAUAGCAUCAGCACUUUGAAAAGUCUUGUUCAGUUUCAUAGAACAACCAUGUAUCAUUUUGAUAGUGAUCGCAACGGAAUCGUGGUCGCCGAUGCGGUUGAUACUUCGUUAGGGUUAACUUCAUACGAAGGAAUGCAUUUCCCAGAAUCAACCUUCCCCGAUGGACUGAAGAAAUUAUAUACGCGCAAUACUGUGUGCUCCUCUUGUUCUGGAAGACGGGGCACUUCGAUACUUGUGUAUCGCGCUUCAACAAACAAGAGCCCCCUCGACAUGUCGCACACCUAUCUCUCUACACCACCAGCGUUCUCAGCGCCGCAUACCGACAAUCCCGUCGAGGCUUGUUUGUCAAUUCAAAUCAAUGUCUUUGGCAAGCUUUGGGGUAUCAUAUCAUGUCAGUCCUAUGAUAGCAGCCAAAGCCUCCAUCCGCUCAUCCAUAAAGUUUCUUGGUUUAUUGCAGAGGCGGUGUCGAGUAACAUUGAGCGUCUGUCCUAUACCUUACCCUUUCAAUUUCGAGAACCAGACAUCUCCCUAGAUAAAACCAGCACGUCUCAGGCUAUCAAGACUCCGCCUGGUGACCUUCUCAGUCUGUUCGGGGCAGAUUACGCUGCAGCGUCCAUUAUGGGCGAGUCUAAGAUCUUGGGAAAACCAGCGGACUCACAGGAAGUUCUGGCAUUGUUCGAAUACAUGAAAGCUAAAGAAAACGACACUGUAUUUUGGUCCGUAGAUAUCGCUGCCGAUUUCCAGGACCUUAACUACUCCCGCGGCUUUCAUCAUCUUUCUGGUUUGCUUUACGUUCCUCUUUCGGUCGACGGUCGUGAUUUUAUUAUCUUCUUCCGGGCUGAUUUGGAAAGCCACAACUUCGCGAUUGAUUCAGAGCGAUCGAGUCGGCAACAUGAGUGGUCAUCCGGAGAGUUUGGAAAGGCAUCCGUUCUAUCUUUGCUAUAUCGUACUUUCACCGAUAUAUGGCAAGAGAAGGAGGCUACGUUACAGAACAACCAGUUGAUGAGGCUUUUACUCGCCAAUUCUGCGCACGAGUUUAGAACACCUCUCAACGCCAUCAUCAACUAUCUGGAAAUUGUGCUGGAUGGAUCUCUUGAUCAAGAAACACGAGAUCACAUUUCCAGAUCUCAUUCGGCUUCCAAGUCACUUGUAUACAUUAUCAAUGACCUUCUAGACCUCACAAAUGCGGAAAACGGACAGCGGUUGAUAAAGGAUGAGAUAUUCGAUCUCGCAGAGACCCUUAUGGAAGCAACAGAUAUAUUUUGGGAAGAGGCAAGACAGAAGAAUCUCGACCUGCAGGUAAUUCAACACGCAGCCCUACCUCCUGUCCUCGGAGAUCAACGACGGGUACGCCAGGUAAUCACAAACUUGAUAAGCAACGCUAUACAACACACGUCCACUGGAGCAGUAACAAUCGAGUCUUGUGUCGUACCAGAGGUCCUGGAGCCAGAUCAUAUCUGUGUCGAGGUAGCAAUACACGAUACUGGAUCUGGCAUGUCUCAAGAGACGGUUGAAACAUUGUUCUGUGAGCUGGAACAAGUCUCCAACAAGGGCUAUAUGCAGAAUCCCAAUUCAUACGAAGGCGCUUCAAGUGGUCCUGUAUUCGAAACUGAAAAUGUGCUUGGUCUUGGUCUUGCGCUGGUCGCCCGAAUCGUACGCAAUAUGAAUGGGCAGUUAAGCCUGAAGUCUGAAGAGGACAAAGGAAGUUGCUUCAAGAUCAGACUAGUGUUUCCUCUUCCAGAUGAAGAUAGUCAAAAGAAGAAUCUUCAUGCAAACGAACAUCAGGAAGAUGAAAGAAAACAAGACACAAAGCGAGACACUUCAUCCUCGCCUUGCAUAACAAAUCAGACAGGGGGUAUUCCGUGUGAAUGUGGCCAAAUUCAAGAAUUGGAGUCAGGAUCCAUCGUGAACGUCGAUGUAAACUUGAAAACUGGUGAAUCAAGAAACCUCUCCCUUUCUGGUCAACAGCUCGAACAGAGAGACCGACCGUAUAAAUCGACUUCCCGUCAAACUCAGGAUCUCAAGAAGUUAGAGACAUCUAAAGAUCGCAUCAAAGAGACUAUCUCAACCGCACCAACUACAAAACCCCCAACCGAGCCACAAUUCCAACCAACUCCCUCACCCACAAUGGACUGGAACCUCCACGUCCUCGUCGCAGAAGACGACCCAAUAAACAGCUCGAUUGUCCAAAAGCGGCUGGAGAAAUUUGGCCACACGGUACACAUGACAAGCAACGGGAAAGAAUGCGCUUCUGCCUACAAAACGAAUCCUACCCGAUUCGACGCUGUGCUAAUGGAUCUACAAUCAAAUCCCUUGCAGAUGCCUAUCGUCGAUGGCCUCGGUGCAACACAGAUGAUACGCGAAUACGAGCAGCAAGAGCUGGCUAACGAGAACACGCCUGCGCCUCGCAUUCCCAUAUUUGCUGUAUCUGCUUCCUUGCUCGAGGAGAAUCGGAUGAUGUAUAUGGAUUCCGGCUUUGACGGGUGGAUUAUGAAGCCAAUUGAUUUCCAAAGGGUUGAUCGGUUGCUUGGGGGUGUUAGGCUUCAGUGGGUACGGGAGGAGGUUGUUUAUCGGGCUAGUGUGUGGGAGGCUGGGGGUUGGUUUGAGGCAUAG